UUUUCUUCUUUUUCUUCUUCUUGUUUUUUUUUCUUUUCUUUUUUUUUUCCUCUGUUAAACCUCAUCCUCAGUGAGCAGAUCCUGGUUCUGGAGUGUGGAGUGUGGUUAUUAUGCCCACACUCCUCAGACUAUCCGUAGCCUGCUGAGCUGUCACGCCUCGCUGCUGCAUGGUCCUGCCCGGUGCCGCUGCGUGCUGUAGCCGAGUUUCAGUCGGUGCUGCUCGGCGUCUCAAGAGUCCGAUGUCCCCGGUGUCCCGUCUUAUGCUCGUCGAGCCAAACCUCCCAGCAGCUGCUCCCUCCUGGCUUGUUUUAUCAGCUUCAAAGCCGCCAGUCGUCCUGCCCGCGGAAGACUCGCUGCGAGCGGACAGCAGACCUGUAGAAGUGCCAUCGAAACCAUCGUCGUCGGCUCCCUCAGUUUAUUUUCCCUUUCUUUUCUGAAGUCCUUUUCUGUUCACCGGGAGAACGGAGGAGCCGCAGCACCGGGAACCAUGAGCGGACGCGGGGACGAGGCCGGGGAGAGCUCUGGCUCCCAGGAGCCCUCGGGGGCCGCGGAGCCCCAGAAGAGGAGGCCGGGGAGACCGAGGAAACCCCAGAAAGAGCCAAGUGGAGAGCCUGUCCCCAAGCGACCAAGGGGACGCCCCAAAGGAAGUAAGAACAAGGGCCCCUCCAAGGCAGCGCAGAAGAAAGCCGAGGCAACUGGGGUGAAAAGACCCAGGGGACGACCCAGGAAAUGGCCGCAGCAAGUCGUCCAGAAAAAGCCUGCUCAGGAAGAAGAAGAAGAAGAAGAAGAAGAAGAAGAAGAGGCUGGAGAGUCCCCGGAGAAGGACUGAUCUUCCACACCGUCAAACCUCUACCUCAUUCAGCUGUCAGGUCUUUCAAAGGGAAAAGACUGCCUUGACCACUUAUUUUUUUAUUUUAUUUUAUUUUUUUUUAACUUUUUCCAGCGUUAUUUUACUUGGUUUCAUUUCAGUUAGAAAGAUUCCGUGUCCGGUUUUUCUUGCAGUUUUCAGUCUUUGAGUGCAUCCACACUGAUUUGUCACUGAACUGAGGCAGAAACAUUCAGGGUUUGUCUGCAUCUUUAAAAUCCUUUUGCUACAUUAUUAUUAUUAUUUUUUUGUUUUAUUUUUAUAAUUAUUUUUUUUUUAUACAAAGAUUAUUCAGAAAUGCAGCAGCAUGGCUGAACAUAUAAACAAGAGUUUAGCAAAAAAGUUCAUCUCCAGACUCUCUGCCUGUCAAAACAGGCACGCAUCAGGCAGACACACACACGCACACACAAACGCCAUCGGCCCCCAUACAGCGAACCCACACUCCUCAAUGAGAAUCAGCUGAAAACAAACAGAAACCCACAGCCAUAACGAGGAAGCUCAGGAUCCUCAGAGCAUCAUCAUCACCAUCAUCAUCAUCAUCUUCAAAUGAGAUACACACACUCUUUUCUCACACUGUUGACUGAUCCUCCAGACUCUGACAGUAGAGAACAGUCCGGUUUUGUCAUACAGAAAUGUAGAACAAACGUCGCAAUACAUCGGCGUCGGCUCUGAAACGAUCGAACCGCCCCGACCUUACCACCCUCCCCCGGACAGGUGUUGGACCGCCAAAGACAGGGAGACACAGAGAUCCUUCCUCAGGGCAUUUACAAAUUAUUGAUCCCUAAAAUAACUGUUUACAUCCUUGACCUAAACUUUAGGAGACUGAAAUUAGAUCAUCACAUUGCUUCCACACCCUUCAUCAAAUAGACAUAAUAUUUCCCCCAAACUUGGGCAUUGCUUUGACAAUUAGACCCAAGCUUUGAUGCCUGGCAUGUGUCCAUGAUCAGAGAAACUCUUAGAAGAGGAUUUUCAAACAGGAAUGUGCCUCAAAUACGUAUUCAGAGCUUUAAUUUUGAUAGACCUGACGUCAGGGCCUAACAUCAGGGCCUAACGUCAGGGCCUAACCCAGGAUGCUUUCAGUUCAGCUGGAUAAAUCAGAGCUCUACACCAGCUCUGCUUUGCUCUCCCUGUCGUUGGCGGCCCUCACAUCACUGUUGGUACUCCACAACCAAUCUGUUCGACGUUGCAUCAGACUACUGUAUACCAUUUGUUCAGAUUUACAUUAACAAGCCUAUGCACAUGGCAUCAUUCAGUUUGUCCUUUUCUGCGCAACGUAGCUUUAAAGCCUCGAUCCCAUCGUGGAUGUCGCACUGCGAAGAAAUCCUCAGACUUGGUCUGCCUUGCAGAAACAAAAAACCUCAAGAACAAAAACCACAAGAACAAAAACCACACAUUACCUCCUGACACACUUGAUACCUGGAUUUAGCAGCAGUGUGACAUCGGGCGACUCAUCUCGCACUGCGGGCCUCCCCGGGGAGCCUUACGUUUUAAGGAAACCUGAUGGUGUGCCAGCGCCUUCUGGUCACUGAUAUGCAAUAUCUUCUCAUGAUUUCAAACUACCUCUGACUCAGCACAACCAGCUCGUAAAUGCUGUUGCUCAGCACACACACACACACAUACACAGAGUGUGUUUCAGAUAUUUGAUAAUGUGUUGUAACUUUAUACUGUACGUUAAAGCGAGGUCAUGCCGGCUGUUCUUGUCGUCGGGGGGGGAGAACGGCAAUUUGUCUGCAGCUGUUUUGUUUGAUUCAGUCAGGUAAACUCCACAUAAUCCACAAAGGAGCAAAAGUCAGAUACGACAGAGCCUCGUGCAUCAACCUUAAACUUUUUUUUUUUUUUUUUAGUGGGUUUCGGACAGUCUGAAUGUUUAAUAAAACUCCUGCAUGCAGCUUUAACCACAUUAUCAGAAGGGAAAUUCAACACAAAAUCUGACUACACCCAAAAUAUCUUUUCUAACUGCCUGUUGUGUUGUUAAACUUUCACUCUGGGACAUUAGUAAUAUUGAUGCAGAGACAUUUCAGCUCUCCACCCUGACCGACUCCAGAGCUCUGUCUUGGAAAUGUUUAGAAGAGUUGCCAGAUCUUAGAUCUUAGCGUCUGAAAUGUCAUCACAAAAUUCAGGCAUGAUGAUGAUGAAAGCUGUGAAAAUAAGACACAGGUUGGAAAAAAAAAAAAGACUCCAAAGACUCUAAAGCCUGCGGUCCAACAUUUGGAGUCUUUAGAGUUUGUCUCCAUCCACGCUGGUGCACCUGGCGCCGACUUACCUGUCAUUUGCUUCUUUAGAGAUUCUUGGGAAAAAAGUCUAGAUUCAGGAUUCAGUAGUCUGUUUUAUAAUAUAUAUAUAUAUACUUAAAACACAAAAGCAGCUAACCUGUUAAGUACUGUUUUUAUUUUCCUUUUCGUUCACCUCAAUGUUGAUUUGCGUCUGAACAUUGUAAUGAAACAUAUUUUUCAUUAUCUGCAAACUGGGACUUCUGUUUGACAAACUGUUAACUUGAAUUUAUUUUGUACUGAUUUACACAGCGGUUUAAUACGGAUCAAGUGUUUGUGUGACACUACAUGAUAUAACUACAGAUGUUUUCUGUUUGUUUUUUUUUUUUAAUGUUUUUUUUUCCUGAGUUAUGUACUACCUAUAUAUGUACAGUACCUCAAAUAGGCCGAUAAAAAUGGACUAAUCAGUUGACAAAUACCUACCUCCAGUCUUGAAAUGGAAAUGAUUUUUUUUUUUUUUUAUUUGCCGGUUUACUUUCAGUAUGAGUUACACAGACGUAAUGAUAUGAUCUGUAUCAGGACUACAGAAGCUCUUCACUUAAAGUAUUGUAUCAGGUCGUUCAAGCUUCCGAUCUCAGUACAUUUGGAUUCUCACCUUCAAAGUGACUUUCAGGUUUUGAAACAGAUAUGUCUGGAUUUUGUAUAUUGCAUUCAUGGAUAUUGUUUUCUUGUUUUUAAUUAGUAGAUAUCAAUAUACUUGAUUAGCGGUUUUGUGUACUUCACACAAAUGUGAUUUUCUUGUCUUGUUAUAUGGUUAAACCAGGUGUAUAUGGAAUUGCCUUUUCACUUAGUGAUAGAUUAUGUCUUUUUUUUUUUUUUUUUCACCUGUCAUCAUGGCAACCUUUGAAACGUUAACAUGGUAUUUUUGAACCUGGCCAGAGGUAGAACCUCAGAGGAGCUACGCUGAUCCUGUCAGCCUGCCUUCACCAGCACCACCACCAGUCCUUGGACAGUGGCGUUAACCCACAGUCUGCACAGUGUGCUGGGUCGUAAACUUUAGGUGCCUUCAAUCCGAAUUCGAAGCAAAUUUUUCCCCUUGAAAUCUGACCCCACAAACAGCCACAGCUUUACAAUCUCGGCUGUAGCCGGUAACCGGUAAAAAAAACCCACAUUGAACCUGUCCAGGCGUGUUUUUUUUUUUUUUUUCCCUCUAACCGCACCACCCAGUGCAAAUCCAGGUUUGUGUUCGUGCCGACUCAUUAAUCUUGCCUUGACUUUAUUUGCAAUUGCGCCAUCUUUAAAAUUCGCAGCACACUCAGGCUGAACACACCUCAGGAGCACCAUCCACUUACUGCUCCUAUAGAACAAUGGGCCUUUCAUGGAAGACAUUUUCAAAUCACAGCUGAAGAUUCUGUGCCCUGAUUUGUAUGUUGCGAUAGGUUCGAAAAGAAGAUGCAGCAGCAGGAGCAGGCUAAACGAACACUUCCAAACACUGUGCAGGUUGUUCUGUUUCUAAUAACCCAACCAGCCAGAGAGAACCCCAAGCUGAAUGUUAACUCAGCUAUUUAACAAAACACUGUACAAACUGUGUGCACCUGUUGAAGCAGGCUGAUCAGUAGCUUUGAACAAACAGCUUUGAAACAGACAGGCUUCAUCAUGUUAAGAAUCAUUAAACACCGCACCAUCCAUCAGCCAGACAGAGACCUCCUGAGACGGUGUCAUCACGUGAUCUGCAUCCGUCUGGAUGAGGAAGGAGCAGCUAACGUCCUCAGAUUCUGCUCGAAAAAAAAAAAAGCAUCAGACGUAUAUUAACAACAUAUGUCAGCAAGGCUCUUUGUGAUAAUUCAG